CCUUGGCAGCGGCAGCAUGGCGGCCGGGGAGCCCCGGGUGUGCGAGACGGCCGGCUGCAGCAACGAGGCCAAGCUCCAGUGCCCCACCUGCCUCAAGCUGGGCAUCCAGGACUCCUACUUCUGUUCCCAGGAGUGCUUUAAGGGAAGCUGGGCCACUCACAAGCUGCUCCACAAGAAAGCAAAAGAUGAGAAGGCCAAACGGGAAGUCUCCUCUUGGACGGUGGAAGGCGAAAUCAACACCGACCCCUGGGCGGGCUACCGGUACACGGGUAAACUGAGGCCGCAUUACCCCCUGAUGCCAACGAGGCCGGUGCCCAGUUACAUUCAGAGACCGGAUUACGCCGACCACCCUCUAGGAAUGUCCGAAUCCGAGCAGGCCCUCAAAGGCACCUCCCAAAUCAAAGUCCUGUCGCCCGAAGACAUAGAAGGGAUGCGACUCGUGUGCCGGCUUGCCCGCGAAGUCUUGGAUGUGGCCGCCUUGAUGGUGAAGCCCGGCGUCACGACGGAAGAAAUAGACCACGCCGUCCACUUAGCUUGCAUCGCCAGGAAUUGCUACCCUUCGCCGCUGAAUUACUACAAUUUCCCCAAAUCGUGCUGCACGUCUGUGAACGAAGUGAUCUGCCACGGAAUUCCCGACCGGAGGCCCUUGCAGGACGGGGAUAUCGUGAACGUGGACAUCACCAUCUUCCGCAACGGCUACCACGGGGACCUGAACGAGACGUUCUACGUCGGGGAGGUGGACGAAGGGGCCCGCAAGCUCGUGCAGACGACGUACGAGUGCCUCAUGCAAGCCAUCGACGCGGUGAAGCCCGGCGUGCGCUACCGGGAGCUGGGGAACAUCAUCCAGAAACACGCCCAGGCCAGCGGCUUCUCGGUGGUGCGCAGCUACUGCGGCCACGGCAUCCACAAGCUCUUCCACACGGCUCCCAACGUCCCCCACUACGCCAAGAACAAAGCAGUCGGCGUGAUGAAACCCGGGCACGUAUUUACGGUGGAACCCAUGAUCUGCGAGGGCGGCUGGCAGGACGAGACGUGGCCGGACGGCUGGACGGCGGUGACGAGGGACGGCCGGCGGUCGGCUCAGUUCGAGCACACGCUGCUCGUCACGGACACUGGCUGCGAAAUCCUGACCCGGCGGCUGGACAGCCAACGCCCGCACUUCAUGAGCCAGUUUUAGCGGCCGCCGGACGGACGGACGGACGGGGGAGGAGGAGGGCACGCGCGAGGGAAGGGGCUUGGAGCGUCCG